AUGCAGUUUGAUUCGGGAACUUCUCGAAUCGUUCGACAUGGGAUCAGAACCAAUGCAGCCCGAGUGAAGAUUUCCAACUCUGAAGGUUCCGUCUAUAAUAGCAAUCUUCAAAUGUAUGCUGUGCCUCCGUCGGAAGAGAUUAGCAUAGAAGAAUUUGAUGAUAUUGCUAUAGAAAGAGUUAAGGCUUUAAAGGUUGUCGAAGAUGUAAAGGAGCGUUAUACAUGGGGAAGCAAUGAUUUUAUGGUUGCUAUGACUCGCGAGCUUGCAAAAGUGAUGCCAAUCGCUGCGGGCACAUGUCUGCCUGCCGAUGUAGAAAAGGCCAGAAGGCGUGACGUCAUUGGCCACUUUAUUCUUCGCCUCGCCUUCUGUCGCUCGCCUGAGUCCACAAAAUGGCUUGUCACUCAAGAAGUGGAUCUUUUCAAGUUCCGCUUCAUGAGUGCAACAAGGCCAAAGAUAGUCAAGUUUUUGGUAGAGAAUAAAAUCAAUCUGAAUGUGGUAGAUAAACUGGAACAAGAAGGGCUUAUGAUGGACUUAGCAGCGGGUUGUGGUAUGAGCAUUGAUCAAGCGGUGGAAGCAGAAUUUUAUAAGGUGGACUUUACUCAGGCCUUAGAGCUUGUUCGUCGGCGACGUGUUUUAGUUCGUCAUGGCUAUGCCUAUGUGCCUUUUGACGACCUUAUUGUGAUUGUGAGCGCUAUGCUUCGCGCGAAUAUGACGGCUGCAAUGGCGCGUGCUUUCAAACACUUGGCCAUAAUUGAGGAAGAACCUCGCCUAUUGCCACGUUUGGCGCGGCUAACGAAUAAUGCUUAUAGUGGUAAACAAUACCUUGGAAAAGAAAGUGAAGGGAAGAUAACUCGACAGAUGAUUGACCAAGUAAUUAAUAUUUUCUUAACGCUUAAAUGCAACUCUUUAAGAGUUUCUUACAAUAAAGGAUAUCGCUCUUUUGGCUAACU